AUGAUGUUAAGGAGAAAUGCGAUGAGACCGUUAAAAAGUAUUCAAACAAGCGUAAGCAACGUCGUCAAAUCUGGUUCGAUAGCCAUGCUGAGACGUCGCCUUGCCAACGUAGUUCUGAGCGAACGUACGUACCAUUCCGGUUCAAUGCUCCAUAAGAAUUUACCUAGUGUUGGUUUGGACAAGAAGAAUGGGCGAGGAAAGCACAAAGCAGAACAUUCUGUGUCUAAUGUGGAUCCAGCUUCUCCAUGGCGCCACGAGCUUCUGUCGUUUGAUGAGUGUGUUUCAUCCGCUUUAAAGUACUCUACCACACCCUUAAAAAAUACAUAUAAGAGAAUAGGAAACAAUCAAUUCAAUAAACAUCCAUCAUUUUCCAUGUUUUGGGAUUCCAUGGGCAGAGCAAUGGAGUUAUAUUAUUCUCUGAGAGAAUCGCCUGAUUUUAACGCGUUCCGGGUUUCACGGUUGAUUCAUCUGCUACAUAACGGCUUGAGGUCGACUAGAGACCAAUUGGUAAAACUAAGUAGAAAGCCAGAUUACGAUUCGCAGUCUUUUCACAAGGAAAUGAUGAAUUUUCUAUGUAAUUCAUUAAAGGACAUCUCUGAUGAUGUUUUGACAGGCAUUGUGUCGGUCAAUGGAUAUGGGGCUACUCACCUGUUGACUUCAUUCAAAGAGCUGUCCUUUGACGAUGACUGUAUUCGAAUUUGGGAAGCGGCAAAAAAUUUGUCUGAUGAAACUACCUCGCAGGCAUUCCAAGAACCAAAAGUGGUUGGUUUCAUGCUGCCGCUACUUUAUGCAAAAACCCAUUCUUUAAUUGAGCCUAACGAGUUGUAUAACCAAGUUAUCCAAUCCAAAGAAUUCAUCCACCCCAAUCUCUAUAGCGGACUAAUCAAGGUUUUCAUCAAGGCUGAAGACUACGAAAAGGCGUUAUCGCUGUUCGGCCAAUUAUGUGAAAAGGCUGAAGUGAGAAAUUACGGUUAUUUGAUUGAAACGCAUUUGAGCUUCAUCAGCGAUUCCAAGAAUCUAACAUUGGCAGAAAGUUUCUUUGACAAAAUUAUCAAUGAUGAAAUGCCAUACAAGAUCAUUUUGCAAGUCUCCACUGUGAACUCGUUUUUGCGGAAUAUAUGGAAAGCGGAGAGCGAUUUUGAUUAUGUCUAUAGGAUAUGGGAGAAGGCUGUAAAAUUCUAUGGUAAUACUGUUAAUCCCGGAAUCCUGUCCUCAUUAAACAAUACUUUUUUCACAAUUUUUUUUGAAAAUUUCAUUAACGACAAUAUCAAUGGUUUCCAUAAGCUUCAAGAGAUAAUAACGUUUUAUAGUAGCGUCAAAAAAAUUGAUGAACCAUUUUUCAAUGUUAUGUUAACUAGAGCAUCUAUCUGGCGCGAACGCAGCAUAAUCGAUUUUAUCGAUAAAAACUAUACUUUGUACCAUAUUCCAAGAACUAUUAUAUCAUACAGAAUAUUACUGAAAUCUUUGGGAAGCAUAGACAACACAAAUAAUCAAGAGAUUCUGAAUAGAUGGUUAGAGUUGGUCAAGAAACUGAAUGAACUAGGCCAACAAUAUAUAGCCAAUGCAGAUCUAUCCGCUUUGAGAGAUGCAACUGUCGUAUGGUCACAGUUAAAGAAGGAUGAAAAGAACUUUUCUGCAAAGGCUAAAGAAACCCCAACAACGGCAACGACCACAAAAGACGACAUAAAAGCUCCUAAGCCGUUGGAAGGUUUGAAAAAUGACGAUUUUACUUCGAAAUCUGAAGACAGAAUAGAGCUGUACUUGAAAAUAUUAAAAAGAUAUACACCCUACUUCCGCGCUUCUAGGCAAGUAUAUAGGUAUACCACCGGAUGCGCGGAGUCAUACCCAAUAUUGAAUGAAUAUUUAAGCGGUUAUUCUGAUUUAAGUGCCGAGGACAUUCCUGUGCCUGAACUACAUAGUUUUGUCCCUAAGGAACAACAGAACUAG